AUGAUCCGAAUUCUUGCGCUCCAUGGGUAUGCGCAAUCGGCGGAGAUAUUUAAGAAAAAGAUGGGGGUGCUGAGAAAGGCCUGUGGCAAGAACGUCGAGUUUGUUUUUUUGGAUGCACCGGUCUUGCUACAGCCGGCCGAUCUGCCCCAGAGCUUCGCUUCUGUAGAGGCCCUCGACACAGUCAAGGCCCCUCCCGAAGAGCCCGAACUUCAGCCUCGUGCUUGGUGGAGGGCUAAUUUGGACAGAACGGUGUAUUACCACGUUCCGGAGACAAUCGAGUACCUGAAGAAUUAUCUCAAGGAUCAGAGAUUUAACGGUGUCUUCGGAUUUAACGAAUUGAAGUUUAAUAACAUUCUCCACAUCCAGCUUGAACAACCAGAGGCAUACCCAGCAAUUCUUGUAGAUGGGAAACCCCGCAUCCACCAUUGCCAUUUCGUUCCAUCCAAGGCCAACUGGCGAAACUUUUUCAAGGACUACUUCCUGAGUUUCGACCCUGUUUUGGGUGGAAAACCAGUCCCAUCUCCUGGCCCGGCAGGCGACACACCAGCACAAACACCCGGAUCCGGUACCCCAGCUGAAAUAUCCAGGGUGGGAACCCCGAGUAAGAUUUGA